ACACGAAUGAGGGCACGACAGGGCCUGUCGGAAGGUUAUUUAUAUAUAUACACGAUAGGAUUCAUGCCCACUCACGAAUUUCUUAAACUUCAUGUCUAACACCGCAUGUUUCUUCGUUUAUUUUAUACUAGAAAUCGAGAAAUUAAUCGCGUUUGCAUGAAUUUUUUUUUUGCACGAAUAUUUUAGAUUGAGAUUAUAUUUUUUUUUUCGGAGAUUAGAUUGAGAUUAUAUAUCUCGCAUUCUCACUCAAAAAAAAAAACUCUAGUAUAAAUGGAUGGGAUCAGUCAUUCCAUAACGAAGAGAAGGCAAAGAUUAGGGGCAGAAAGAAAACAUGGGCUCUGUGUCAGGUAACGACUCGCAUGGCAACCACAUAGUACUCUUCCCGUUCAUGUCCAAGGGCCACACCAUCCCCCUCCUCCACCUCGCUCGCCUCCUCCUCCGCCGCCCUGCGGUUGAUGCUGUCACUGUCUUCACAACCCCCGCCAACCGGCCCUUCAUCACCAGCUCCCUCUCAGGGACUGCCACAUCGGUCAUCUCCAUCCCCUUCCCCCAUGGGAUCCCCGAGAUAGACCCAUCGGUCGAGAGCACCGACCAGCUGUCCUCCAUGUCCCUCUUCCAUGCCUUUGCGUCUGCCACCACAGUCAUGCAGUCCCGGUUCGAAGCUGAGCUGGAAAAGCUCCUUCCCAUACGGCUUCUCGUGUCGGACGGGUUCCUGUGGUGGACGCUUGAGUCGGCCAAUAAGCUCGGGAUCCUGAGGAUGGUGUUCUUCGGGAUGAGCAAUUAUGCAUUGGCCAUGUGCAAGGCAGUGGCGGAGGUGAGAUCAGCCGAUAAGGCCGACGACGAGCCUGUCACUGUGCCAGCGUUUCCAUGGAUUAAGGUCAAGAGCAACGACAUCCCCCAGUUCCCCGACCCACAGUCCAACCCCGUUGCUUUCAACUUCAAUAUGAAUACACUACAAGCAACGAUCAACAGCUAUGGCCUUCUUGUGAACAGCUUCGAGGAGCUUGAGCCGGCAUUCCUCGAGUACUGGAACAGUAAGUCCAUGCCCAGGGCCUGGUGUGUCGGACCCCUGUGCAUGAUCGACCCACCGGAGCCCAUGACCAACCCCAAGAAGCCGACUUGGGCACAUUGGCUGGACCAGAAGCUAGACAAAGGGGCCUUGGUCUUGUACGUGGCAUUCGGGUCUCAGGCGGAUAUCUCGACCCGACAGCUCAAGCAGAUCGCCAUUGGACUUGAAAAAUCUGAGGCCUACUUCCUUUGGGUCAUCAAGAAGAAGGACUCGGAGCUUGGAGAUGGGUUCAAGGAGAGAGUCAAGGAUCGGGGCUUGGUGGUUCGAGACUGGGUGGACCAGAGAAGCAUACUGAUGCACCCGAGCGUGCAGGGUUUUCUAAGCCACUGCGGAUGGAACUCGGUGCUCGAGAGCAUAUGUGCAGGGGUGCCGAUACUAGCAUGGCCGAUGAUGGCAGAGCAGCCGCUGAACGCGAAGAUGGUGGAGGAGGAGCUGAGGAUUGGGUUGAGGGUUGACGGACCUCCCUUCAAGGGCGAGGACGGCCUCGUGGAGUGGGAGGAAGUGGAGAGGAAGGUGCGAGAGCUCAUGGAAGGAGAAGCAGGAAAGAUAGCAAGGAGGAAGGUUAGGGAGGCCUCAGAUGCAGCGAGGCGAGCCAUGGAGGAGGGCGGCUCGUCAUGGCGCACCUUAAACUCUCUCAUUGACGAGACAUCGAAAUAGUUUUCAGCGAGACUACAUGGUGAUUUUCAACCCAUUGGUUACGACUAAUACUAUUCGAGAACGGACUCCGCUAUUUUUUUUCCUUUAGUUUUAUUAAAAAAAAAAAGAACAUCAAGCAUCAUUCCCUUGAAUUCCCCUCGGUAGGGGUCACCGAACAUUGUAGUGUACGACAUGAUGUAUUAGCGUUAGAUGUGAUUUCGCUCUCAGUGAUUCAUGGACGAUUCUCAAGUACUAAGCAGAACUCUGUAAAAAUGGUCCGCAGCAAAUGCAAUGACAGUUGUAACGUCCCGAAACUUUUCAUAUAAAA